UUCUUUUCACUCAACCUUUAUACUCCAUUGUUAAAUAUUUGAAAUAAUAAGAGAACGGGCCAACAAUUGAUCAGAACAGUGUUUUCGUUUCGUUGAUCACCAAUUGCAAGCUUACGUACACAUACACAUAUUCAUUGCAUUUUCUUUCUUAUCUUUUUUCUUCAUCGUCGUGUUGUGUGAGGUAACAACUACCGAUCUGAUUUCUAACUUUUACUCGGUACUUUCAAACUCUGUACUUCGAACUCCUCCUUCAUCUCACCAUCUCACCAUCCCACCAUCCCGCCAUCCUGAAAAGCAUGUCUCGGUAUUCGAUAAUCUGCUGACCUGGUCCUCAUUUUUCCAAUCCUCCAAUCCGUCCAAUCGUCCAUUUAUCGCAACUUAUUACUGUAUGUGGGGUUUCCGGGUUUCCUAACUACCUAGCUACACAAGCAUCAACAUCAACCCUGCCAGCAGAUCUUUUGCUUGAAUCUCGAAUACCCGGAAAAUAAAAGGAAACAGGCAUACCGCUUCUUGCCGUUUGAGUAGUACAAUAACACGGUACAAACUAGUACUUUACUUCGCAUUCUCUCUCGCAUGAGUUGGCAAUCAGAUAAACCUUACUCCUUGUUUUAUAUGUUGCCCAAGCAUCUGACAACAAACAAAUUCAUAGUAAAUCUACCAAAUCUUGUGAGUUCUAAUUCCUCAAACGCACUUUUAUGGCUUGGUUUGUACGACAGAUUGAAGCGUGAAUCAUGUCCCCCUCCUCUCUAAGCCCUACCAGCUUUUCCCUGUUCAGAAGAGUUACUGCAUGACUACUUUAAGUUCUGGGCCAUCUGAUGCCAGUGCGAUCAGAUAUCACAAUAAUAUAUCAUUGUGCCAUUGCCUCGGAAGUUCAAUGGUUCACAGCAUCUAGCAUACCACCACAGUUUGCGACUACUUUCGUUUUACUUCCUACACCCCAUCGAGCAACUCCAUACACUCAUUCAGCAUUUACAUUCCAGGAGAUAUCUUUCGGGAGGAUUAAUUAUUAAUACGCAAAAUGACAGGUCAAAUUUCAAUCCCGUACUUGAGCAAUAGAGGUAUCGUCUACUAUCAUCCUCCCGGCUUUCAAGCAGACAAGACACGACAAACACCACUUCCCACCCCACCCUGCCGACCGAGACAGCGUCGACCUCAUUCCAUACACAUCACCCGUCUGCCUGCAGGCUUCGUACCGUCUGAUCUUCGACCGACAAAGCCCCAAAAACCUUCCCGAGCCAAGUCUCAACUGAACAAGCUGGCUUCGCGAGACAGUGCAAAGCGUGUGCUAGGGUCGGUGUUUUCGCCAUUCUCGUCCCAUACUUCUACACCAACAUCAUCUGCUGCAUCAUCCACGAUAGUAUCGAGCCCACAGGUCAGCCGUUCGCAAUCAGUACGGACUAAUUCAGGAGAUCGUCGAAGUAUAUUCUCUCGAAGGGCUCAAUCAAGCUCGGGAUUGGAAGCCGGGUUGGAAGGAGGAUUAAUGACUGGACCUGGGCCCGGUAACAUGGAACCAGUAGGCAUCGAAAAUCGACCUCUUGGGAACAGCCCCGCAGACGUCCAUUUGAACCUUCAAAAUCCGAAGCCACCUUCAUUUGCGAGUUUUGGAGAUAAUGAGAAACCACUUGCGUCCGGUCAUGGGGUCUCUCUUUCCAUUCCCUUCGCUGAACCAAUUGUAUAUCUGACUGGUUUGGAUCACGACGGCACAACCCGCAACUCUGAAUCUAAUAACACCCUUGGGAUUCUCCGUGGCAAAGUACGACUUAACGUUACCAAAAGUGUAAAGAUUAAGUCGAUCACCUUGACAUUUAGAGGAAUAGCGAAAACUCAAUGGCCCGACGGUAUGCAAUUUUCAAUGCAAUUCAUGUCUUUUGAUCAGGAAAGCUUACAAAAUAUACAGGUGUGCCGCCAGGCAAAUUGGACUUUUGUGAAGAAGAGUCACUCCGAACACAAGUUCUACCAUUCUUCAAUGCUCUGUAUGAAGGCUCUGAGGUCGGUUAUGGAACUCACUGCAACUACUAUCUACGGGAUAAAUCGGGGACGACGACUACGAUAAGCCCUCUUGAUUCGCCAAGUUCCGGAAUCUCGACAUUGAUCGGUGCUAGAAGUAGAGCAAACACCCUCAUGACAUCUAGAGAAUCAAAAAGAUUGUCAUUACAGAGUAACCAAUCCCGUAGUUUUCAAAAGGGAGAUUCACCUAACGGCCCCACACCCCAACAGAAAGGCUACAAGACUUUCCAUCCUGGCGUUUACGAAUACACUUUUGAAAUGCCAAUUGACAAUAACUCCCCGGAAACUACGAAGCUCCCGGACGCUUCUGUAAAAUGGCAAGUGGAGGCCAUGGUAGAAAGGGCGAGUGCUUUUCGUCCGAAUCUCAUGGGAAUCAAAGAAGUACCGGUCAUAAGAACGCCAAGUAUCGAGUCGCUGGAGCUAGUUGAACCCAUUUCAAUCAGCAGGAAUUGGGAUGAUCAGCUACAUUACGAUAUCAUGAUAUCUGGAAAAUCCUUCCCUUUGGGUUCUAGGAUUCCUAUAGCUUUUAAAUUGACCCCGCUGGCAAAAGUGCAGAUUCACAAGAUCAGGAUUUAUGUUACAGAGUCCAUUGAUUACAGUAGUAACGGCAAUACGUAUAACAGAAAGGGUAAGUCGCCAAAGAAGAUAUUGCUGUUCGAGAAGUUGGCGGGGCAGCCUCCUUCAAGUGAGUAUAGCAACUCGGAAAUGCGAGUUCUCCGUGGAGGCGAGCUUACUGUCGAAGAAAGGGCCGUGGCGCGUGCCACUGCACAAAGGGAAAGAGAAAGAUUAGCAAGACAAUUGAACACAGCAGUGGAACCUCUACCUGAAGAAUCCAACAACAUAUUAGGGGAUCUUGAUCUUGGACUUGACCAUUUCGCCUGCCCGACAGAAUUGGAGCUGUCAGUUCAAUUGCCAACAUGUGAGAUGAUGGAAAAGGAUAAAACUAAACGUCUCCAUCAUGAUUGUUCAUGGAAGAACGCUAGGGUGCACCACUGGUUCAAGGUAAGUAAACUGCUUAUAUCAAACCACAGCUCCUUGCAAGACAUAUGCUAAUCCUGCUUCUAGAUUGCCAUGCGUAUAUCCCGUAAAGACCCCGAUGAUCCUUCUGGUAAGAAACGCCGUCAUUUCGAGAUAUCUAUCGACUCCCCUUUCACUAUCCUCAGCUGCCAGGCGUCCCAAAUGCAUAUGGCUCUGCCUGCAUACUGUGAUCUCGGUGGUCCGAGUUUUCGAUAUCCGGGUGACCGCCUAUGCGGUUGUCCCAAUGCAGCCAGCGCAGAACUUCCGCCAAUUUCAGCCCCUAGAGAUUCUUCUCUCGAUAAUUUGGAACAGAGUCAUGGUCAAUCCACGAUUGCGCGUCCAGAGACCGCUGAGCCUCUGACUCGGCCGCCACAAGCACAUCUUGCAAUGAAUACAGCAGUUCAGCGCCCCAUUCAUAUGUUGCGCAACCCAAGCUUUGCUGCUCCUGAAUAUGAGGCCGAGGAACCACCUCCACCAAUGCCAACACCUCCGCCUAUGUAUGAUCUUGUUGUUGGUACGCCUAGCGUCGACGGACUUGCCGAUUACUUUACCAGAUUGGCUGAUUAUGAGGAGGAAUAUCACACGGAUGACGAAGAUGUACAGCGAGCUUCAACCCGUGGCCGUGUGAAUGUUGUCAAUCCUUACACCCCAGGAGGACGCAUUGCUCGCAGCAUGGAUAUUAACCGUGAUUUUAUGUUUAAUUUGGCAGCUCUUAAUAGGAGAAUUAAUCGUGGUGGAAAUGUGGGCGGAAGCGAAAUUAGCAAUCCGACCACAACAACUAGGGAGUGAGAGUAGUGAGAAUCAGAUUCAUCAUUGUAUAUGAUUUUAGAUGAAAUGGAUGAACAUACAUAUAUAAUGGUAUGGAGUACGGCACACUUGUAUAAGGAAGUCUUAAGAGAUGAGGUGGAAAAAUUGGACAAUGGUGUUUCCGGUAUACCCCUUGGGAUUACAAAUUAUUAGGUUGGAUAUCAUCAUUCUCUGAUUGGUCUUGGACAGCGGCGCGGCAACGCUCUAUUGGGUAUGGUAACCGCUUUUGUGGGGUUGUUGGUAUAUUUUGGGAAAAUGCAUUUGUUGGAUAGGUUUCAAGCUGCACGGUCGAGGUUGAACGAACAUCAUGAAGCAACAUGAGUACUUAUGAUAUGGAAAGGCGUACAAAUCGACUAGUUGUUUAUGCAUUAAUGAAUAGAAAGUCUACAUUGGGGGGAAGCAGGGCAAGCACAGUAUACACUUCAAACAUAGAUAUAAAAAAUUGUAUGAGCUAAAUCGGGAAAAUUCGAAUGAUGUUGUGUGCCACGCGAGGCUUGUGUCCAGUUCUAUCCAAGCAUGUUAAAGGGAUUUAAA